GGCACCACCAUGAGACGGACAGCUGAAAUCUCAAAGUGGUCGUAAUUUUUUGGGCAAAUUCUGGUCUGGUUGGCUGAUGAAAUGAUCGAGACAUUCAUCACCAAGCCGACCACAUCCCCAAGCAGCAUUUGACGUUCUCCAUGACAGCCUUUAGAAGAUAGCAUAGGGUUGAGCGUGACGCAUAGCAGCCCUAAGCAAGCUCAGCCCAGUCAUAUCAUGUCCAGCUCGGACCAACCAGAAUCGGAUCCAUCCACACCCCCUGCUCCUCCUCCUCAAUCCAAUGGGUUUCAUGCAUUUCAACCCGUUUACGAUGAGGCUCCAUCAGCUCUAUCGACGGAAUUGAGACCCCGGACCAACGCAACGCUGACAGUUCGGAUCGUCAAGUCUUUCGAGUACAGGACGUUCAAAGCUAUGGUCUUGCCGGAUCUCAACUUGGAAACAUUGACCGUGGGGCAAUUGAUGGAUUUAGUGAGGGAGAGACUCAAGACGGCACCUGGUUUCAAGCCGUUCCGGGCACUCCAAUUAGACACUAUGAAAGUCUACACUGUAGCACACGGGCACAAGACCACCAAUCUCAUCAUCAACCUCGAGAAUGAUGAAUGGAUCUUGGACGAUCCCUCCAAGACCCUAGCAGAGAUAGGUGCAGAGAACGAGACGGAACUAUCAAUGUUCAACCGGGCAGCCUACGAGGCUUUUAAAGCGAAUCCAGAGAUCAAGUGGGAGUGAACAGAUCUCAGUGUACAUCGCCUCUCUCUAGGGUCGCUAGGUCCAAACUCGCCACAGCGAUAGCAGCAAUAAAAGUCAGGCAAUGACCUGGAGGACAUUCUAGAGGAGAUUUGUAGGGAUACGACGAGAUAGACCUGUCAAUCA